ACUCCCGAACCCCGACAGCCGGAAACACACGAAGGAAGUCGGGCGGCCGGCAAGAUGGCGGAGCGGGCGUUGAUGCUGGAGGCCGAUGGCAUCGUCAAGCGGAUCCUGCACGUCGGCACCGGGCCGUUACUGGACUUUGCCAAUGGCACCAAGGCCACGUUCCACUACCAGACGAUGCGGUGUGACGCGGAGCGCACGCUGGUGGACGACAGCCGGGAUCGGGGGAAGCCCAUGGAACUAAUCAUCGGGAAGCAGUUCAAACUGCCUGUCUGGGAGACCAUCAUCUCCUCCAUGCGCCAGGGCGAGGUGGCCGAGUUCCAGUGCGACACCAAGCACGUGCUGGGGUACCCGCUGGUGUCGAAGAGCCUGCGCAACAUCGCGGUGGGGAAGGACCCCCUGGAGGGGCAGAGGCACUGCUGUGGGAUCAGCCGGAUGCACGAGCACCACUCGCUGGGCCACCCCGACCUGGACGAGCUGCAGAGCUGCCCGCAGCCCCUCCUCUUCCGCAUCGAGAUGCUGAAGGUGGAGGAGCCGGGCAGCUACGAGCAGGAGGCGUGGGCCAUGUCCGACGAGGAGAAGCUGGCGGCCGUCCCUCACAUCCACGAGGAGGGCAACCGGCUCUUCAAGGCCGGCCGGGUGCUGGAGGCGACCAAGAAGUACCACGACGCAAUCGCCUGCCUCAAGAACCUGCAGAUGAAGGAGCGGCCGGGAGACGAGCACUGGAUGGCCCUCGACAUGAUGAUCACGCCUCUGCUCCUGAACUACUGUCAGUGCAAGAUGAUAUCCGAGGAGUAUUACGAAGUGAUUGAACACUGCACGACCAUCCUCAACAAGUACGAAGACAACGUCAAGGCAUACUUCAAGCGAGGGAAGGCCCAGGGCGCGGUGUGGAACGAGGUGGAGGCGCGGAAGGACCUGUCGAAGGCAGCCACGUUGGACCCGAGCCUGGCGUCCCUGGUGAACCGCGAGCUCCGACAGAUCGAGGAGCGGAUCAGGUUGAAGGAACAGGAGGAGAAAUCCCGCUACCGGACCCUGUUUCAGUGACCCUGGACAUUGCCGAGAAACUGGCCCCUCCUGUGACGUAUCACCCCCCCCCACCCCCACACCACCCAGACACCGAACACUGGGGCCGCCCCCUCCCCAUCUCUCACCGCAUCACAUUCUACAGACUAUGUGUGUGAUGGGACGUUGAGGAGGGAGAUUCACUCUGUGUCUGACCCCGGGAGUGUGUGAUGGGACGGUGCGGAGGGAGAUUCACUCUGUGUCUGACCCCGGGAGUGUGUGAUGGGACUGUGUGGAGGGAGAUUCACUCUGUGUCUGACCCCGGGAGUGUGUGAUGGGGCGGUGAGGAGGGAGAUUCACUCUGUGUCUGACCCCGGGAGUGUGUGAUGGGACGGUGUGGAGGGAGUUUCACUCUGUGUCUGACCCCGGGAGUGUGUGAUGGGACGGUGAGGAGGGAGAUUCACUCUGCGUCUGACCCCGGGAGUGUGUGAUGGGACGGUGUGGAGGGUGAUUCACUCUGUGUCUGACCCCGGGAGUGUGUGGAGGGACGGUGCGGAGGGAGAUUCACUCUGUCCGCGGGAGUGUGUGGAGGGACGGUGCGGAGGGAGAUUCACUCUGUGUCUGACCCCGGGAGUGUGUGGAGGGACGGUGCGGAGGGAGAUUCACUGUGUGUCUGACCCCGGGAGUGUGUGAUGGGACGGUGCGGAGGGAGAUUCACUCUGUGUCUGACCCCGGGAGUGUCUGAUGGGACGGUGAGGAGGGAGAUUCACUCUGUGUCUGACCCCGGGAGUGUAUGAUGGGACGGUGUGGAGGGAGAUUCACUCUGUGUCUGACCCCGGGAGUGUGUGAUGGGACGGUGUGGAGGAAGAUUCACUCUGUGUCUGACCCCGGGAGUGUGUGAUGGGACGGUGCGGAGGGAGAUUCACUCUGUGUCUGACCCUGGGAGUGUGUGGAGGGACGGUGCGGAGGGAGAUUCACUGUCCGCGGGAGUGUGUGAUGGGAGCCUCUUAGGGCUUUAACUUGCUUGUCGGUGAGGAGUGAGGGAGGGUGGGGGGUGUUGGGUUACAUCGCCUACGUUUUGCAAAGAGCCUCGAUCUAUCGUUACAAACAUUAUUAUUUUCUGGCCUGGUUCUAUCCUCCUUGACUGUACAUAUAUAUUCCAUUAAAAUUAUCCUUCCUGUU